GGAGAAAGAGAGCCUGAACUGGAGGCUAGGUUCCCCAUUCCUCUGGGCGGUCUGUGAAAGAACGGGGUUCACCCUUGAGGCCUUUGGCUUUCCCAGGCCUCCUUUUGACAGCGAAGGGCGAGGCGGCCUCAGUUUCAGAGUCGAACUAUAUACAUGGAUAGAAAACAAAAGGCCACAUUUUUGGGCUAAAUUAUCCUUCUGCUAGUUUUUAAAGGUUUUAAUGAUGCUUGGUUGAAAACUUUCUUACAUUCAGAUUGUGAUAGGAAUGUGCCUAAAUGGCUUAAAAGCUUUCUGUAUUCGGUUUAUGUAUGAAUUGGGCCUGCCACCUAACCACCCUAUACAUUGAAUUGUCAUUAAAGUUGAAUGGAGAUUUUUUGGCUUGUAAACAGAGCUGCCCAUUCUGAUCAAAGGCACCUCAGAUGAUGAAGCCCCAUGUCCAGGGUACCUGUUUGAAGAGAUUGCCAAUUUCACAUGAGUCAGCAGGAAGCAGCCACUGUCUUCUCGAGUAUCUCCUCAAUCGCCUUCAGAACUGCUCCUGUCAUGUCAAGCUGAAGGUGCUCAAGAUUUUGCUGCACAUGUGCAGCCAUGGCUCCUCCCACUUUGUCCUGCAGCUCAAGCGGAAUUCAUCCUUCAUCCAAGAAGCCACAGUGUUCGCUGGGCCUCCUGAUCCUCUCCAUGGCAACAGCUUGUAUCAGAAGGUGCGGAUGGUUGCACAGGACUUGGCAAUGACUUUAUUUUCAGAUGCCUUGUUGCCUCAGCCUGCUUUGCAUCCACCUAAAGAUCUGCCUUCAACAGGAAUGGGGUCCAAGUCCAGCUCCCACAGUUCCCUCCAAGGCUUUGGUUUUGAAAGAAGUAGUUCCCCCUCCACUGGCAAAGUCCUGCUGGCCACCAUCCAGAAAGCAGCGGAAGUGGUUGCCAGUGCCAUGCUUUCUGGUCAGGAGCUGACUAGUCCUCCCAACAGGGCGUUGACAGAUGAUGCCUAUGAACCAGUCCUGGCUCCUUCUUCUGGCAAAAGCACUACCUUGCCAACAAAGACAUCUACUGUUCCUGUUCAUAAGAUGUGUGUGAACCAUCAACCAGGGCAAGUAGGAGGCGGGUGGGAAGAAUUGGACAACGGGGAAAGCUCCCAGAAUUCUUUCCGCGAGAACAGCGAGUUCAGCAAGACUUCUGGGUCCUACAGCAAGUCAGGCAGCGACAACCACUCAGGCGUCCAAGAGGCAGGGAGUAUAGUGGAAAGGAUGGAAACUGAAAACUUUGCAGAUUGCCUGCAGGAAGUGAGCCUUGUCAGCAAACUAACCAAUGGCUCAAAGGUCUUCUUGACACGUGAAGAAACCCAGCAUUUUAUCAAGGAAUGUGGUUUGCUGAACUGUGAGGUGGUCUUGGCUCUACUUAGCCGAACCCUGAAGGACCCCAGUGAGUGCAUCUGCAUGAGAGCCAUGUGUGCCAUCUAUUCCCUUAUGUGUUCUGACUUGCUCUCCCAUGAUCAGAUAUUUGCUGUUGCCCAGCCAUACUUGCAGGAGCUCAGUCAAGAGAGGCCUGGGCCUGUGGCCAACAAAGCAACAAAGAUCUUGCGCCAGUUUGAAGCCCUUAGCAGGACCCAUCCCACAUCCAAGAGCUCGCUCCCAGAUGGCAGCCACUGUGUUCCUGCCAAGACUUCCUUUGCACAUGCAGAUGAUCUGUUGAUGGACGUGAUGCCCUUUGCCGGAGAAACUGUCCUCACACCCAUGAGCCUGUCAGCACAAUCCUCUCAAACACCUAAUCUUCUCACAAGUGACACAUCCCUGUCAGAAGGGCAGGGACUGGAAUCUGUCUCCUCAGGCCAAUGUGAUAUCCUGCCACUGAGUGUCAGCCAGAAGAGGGAAGAAGAAUGCAGGCUCCAAAACUCUGAACCCCCGGAGGACAGGCCCCAAAGGGGUGACCCAGAUGGCACUGUUUCCUUGUUUGCAGGUAUGGAGCUAGUGGCCCCUUCAAGCAUGAUGCUGGCAACAGUGGAAGUUGCUGAGCAGGAAUGCUUCCCACCAGCUCCAAGGACAGCAUCAUGUACUGGAAACACCAGGAGCAGUGAGGAUAACCAGAAGAUAUCUGCUUUUUCAUUCCUCAAUGCAUAGCAGUUCCAACUCAAAACAGGCGAGAUAACAACAAACUGGUACUGGUUUACUUUUCCUUGUGGUGGUUGCUUUCCUCACCUGUCUUUAGAGAGACAAGGCUGAUUCUCAGUUGCUUGUCCAAUCACUUUUUUUUGUUUUGUUUAUGUUAGUCCUAAAGAGCGGAGACUGUACCAGCAUUCCUAUAGCAUCAUUUGCAAACAUGAAAGAGAAGUGCGGUGUUGUGUGGUUUCCGGGCUGUAUGGCCGUGUUCUGGCAACAUUUUCUCCUGAUGUUUUGCCUUCAUCUGUUGCUGGCAUCUUCAGAGGAUCAUGCUAUAACACAUACAUACAGCCCUGGAAACUACACAAUGCCUCACUCAUUCCAACCGUUAAAGAAUAAUAUCACACAAAAGCAUAAAAUAGAUCUCCUUAGGUGAUAUAUUUAUGGCUUACAACUCACUGAAUUCCCUAGCCAGCAUGGCAGUGCCAAUCAGUGUUGGAGUUACUAGGAGGUGUUGUCCAAAAAAGCAACUUCUCAACUUGAUACCAUGGUAAUACACAAUUACAAGGUAGCUUUUAGAGUUAUUUAAUUUUGUUUGAAACAGAGCUAAUUCCUGCAGUAAAAAUUCUCUCUUUCUUCCAUCUCCCUUCUCCAGUCUCAUGUGCAGAUGGGGAAGUGCUUCGCAUGUGCCCAGGCCUAGGAACGCUGUAUGCCACAUGGGGCAGAGAUAGUGAAGCCUUUGGCUCUCCAGAGGUGUUAGACUGUAUGUCCUAGAAACCUCAGACAAUGGUAGGGGAUGAUGGGAGCCAUAGCCCAAAAUGCUUGGAGGUUCGAAGGUUCCCCAACACAGAUAUAAAGUGCUACAUGCUGUAUAUAUGUGUAGACUUUGGUUAGUUAGCCAUGGGAAUCAUUGCCUAUGCUUGACGAUCAUUUAAAAAAGAGCUGUGGCACUGAAAAUUGAUGCCAAGCAAAAAUCAAAUCUGACUUCUUACCACUGGUACUAAUAACGUCUAGUCUUGUACGGAAGCAUAUAACUGCUAGCAAAUACGAUGAACAAAUCAUCCAUGCUCAGAAGGCCUUUGGUCAUUUCCAAGGAGUUUUGAUGAAAAAACUGAAAAGCUAUUUAAAAUGGAAUGGUAGGUGCAAGAUAGAGAGCAGUCUUCUGUUGAUGUAGGUAUCGCCCAAUAGGUCUUCCCAGUGCUGUUGCCUCAGUCAUCUCAGUGGGGGCGAAAUUUGUGAUAGUUUUGAGUGCUGGGUCAAGGAUUAAUAUCCUAGCAACUGUCCUUGCCUACUUGGAAAACAGUAGCUUACUGAUAACAUGAGCUCCAGCUGGCAUGUCACCAUGUAACUGAAUUCAUAGUUGCUUGGAAGUCUGCCUAGAUAAGGCAAGCAUCUGGAAACAAGGAUCUUUGAUUUCAUUUAUCUGUGUAAGAACAUCUUAAUACCACUUUCGGUGGCUGGUUUGUUUUUAAUCUUUGAGUACUUUAAUUAAUGACAACAGUAAAUCCAAUUGCUAAAAAUAUAAGUAAUUACUUUAUAUAAUUCAUUUUACAAACUUUUUUGCUACAUUAACAGGAAAAUGCCCAAGAAAAUCGGUAUUUUGUUAAUAGCAGAAAGAUACAACAAUUGCAACCUCACUGGGAGAAUCCUUUUGCAUAUUGGGUGCUGUGACAAAGGAGGCUGUCUUCUGAACAUGGAUAUAAUAUGGAGCCCCUGGUGGCUGGACUGAAGACUGACAGGUCAGAGGUUCAAAUCUGGGGGAAAGUGCAGAUGAGCUCCCUCGUCAGAAGCCUCCCACAAGGAUGGUAAAACAUCAAAACGUCCAGGAGUCCCCUGGGCCAUCCUUACAGAUGGCCUGUUCCCUCACACCUGAAGCGACUUGCAGUUUCUCGUCACCCCGGCACAAAAAAAAGCUAUAAAAUGGUAGACACUAGGCAGAGUUUCCCUAUGUCCUAGGAGUUUGGAAAGAGCACACCAUAAUUUCCAUUUAAAAAAAAUAUAGAGACCAGGAUAUUUCCUUCUUUGCUUUCUUAAAAUGCACACUGAACAAAACAUCAAUAAAACACUUAAUACUCCUACCAGUACUCAUAAGAAGUCCUUUCUAAAUCUUGUCACUACCACAGACAGAACACUAGACACAAAAUAUUUCAUGGUGGCUCUUAUGUAUUUCUGAAUUUCAUAAUUAUUAUUGUGGUGUUAGAGGAAAGUUCUGAGAGUGCCUUGGACUGCCAGAAGAUCCAACCAGUCCCAUACUUCAGGAAAUAAAGCCCUCAUUGGAGGGAAGGAUAGUAGAGGCCAAGAUGAAGUACUUUGGCCACAUCAUGAGAAGAAAGGAAAGCUUAGAGAAGACAAUUAUGCUGGGGAAAAUGGAAGGAAAAAGGAAGAGGGGCCAACCAAGGGCAAGAUGGAUGGAUGUUAGCCUUGAAGUGACUGGAUUGACCUUGAAGGAGCUGGAGGUGAUGACGGCCGACAAGGGAGCUCUGGCGUGGGAUGGUCCAUGAGGUCAUAAAGGGUCGGAAAUGACUGAAUGAAUGAACAACAACAAUUGUGUUCUUAUUUGAUGGUCAAGUAAAGGAGAGUUAUUUCCAGUUGUAAGCAAUGUUGCAUGGAAUGCAACCAAGAGUGUCAGGCAAGUCUGAAUUCCUAUGAGAAGCAGGAAAGGGCUCUCUCCUUUGCUGUAUUAAUUUUCCACAAAGAUUCGUUUCUCUUUCUGUUUGAUGUUAGUGGUGUUUGUUCUUCAAAAGCAGAAUUUUCCAUCUGCAAACACACUUGACUGUAGCCCUGAUUUGCUAUAGUUUAUAGACCACUUCAAAAGGAAUGGACUUUCUCUCUCUACACACACACACAUAAACAUACAUGCAAAUACAUUGCAAAGUCCACUUCAAAAAUAAGACUUUUCCAGGCUAUAGUAAAAUUGUUUAAAUUAUAUUUGUUUUGCACUCAA